GUUCGAAUAUUGAGAACAAAUUAUAUGCCGCCACGUAAAAGGUGAUGUUUACUACACUCCCACCGGUGCUCCUGCUCCUCCUCUUCUUAAACAGACUUGCUGCUCAUCACUUGCCCUGUAUUUGCUUCAAUGAACGAGGAAGAAGUGUCUCGCAUGCUAUUUACUGAUCACGGUGUUCAAAUCAAAGCGUGAAGGCACAGAUCCUUUAUCUGAGAAUGCGGAGGGGCACCCUGAAGGUUUGCAGUUGGAGAUAAUGAACCAGAACCAAGAAAAUCCAGACCCUCUGAUGGAGAAAACAACCAAAACUUGUUUAAGGAAGAAAACAAAGUACAAUUGUACUGUUGUUAGGCGAUCCUUGCGUUUCCAAAAUGGUAUUCUGCCUGUUGGAAACGAGAAUACAGAACCUGUGCUUGAAGAUACAACCGCUGGCGAAAGUGGAAGUGCAGAAGAACAACCUGCCCAUAAAAUGCACGGGUCAACCUCAAGCGAGAAAAGCUUGGAAGAAAAAGUUGACUAUAUUAUGCAACUUUUGGAAGCAAGGAACUCAAAGGCAGGGGGUAAAGACUCAUCCUUCUGUGAAAACCCAGAGUUGAUGUACAAAAGAUCAUAUGCAGAUUCCCAAAAGAUUGAGGCUUUAGCAAACGAAAACCAUAAGCUAUCGAUGAAGUUGGAAAUUGCUCUUGCCAAACUUGAGGCAUACGAGAGCAGGACUCAUGCAUUUUCUGAAAUGGCGGAGAAAUUGAAGGAUGUGAUUGUAGUUUCAAAUUUGUCAAAAGUUACAGAAACUGCAGUUAAUCUGUCAUCUCAGACUACACAUGGAGCUCCUGUGCCACAGGAGGAGUUUCUUUCGCAUUUCCUUAACCGGAAAAGGCCGAUUGCUCAGUCACCCAAAGCUGCAGCAAAGAGAAAGAAACAAGAGAAGAAAGCAAAUCGAAGGUACUGUUGAAGUUCACCAGUUAAUCUGACCUAGUUUUGCCAGUCUUUUGUAUAAAGGGGAAACAUGUUGGAAAUUGAAACUUCGCUUUAUUAUGUUAGACUUAUAUGUGUAUGUUUAGCUUCUGCAUAACAGACUUCAAUGUCAAUGUGUGUUCUGUUCAUUCGAAGCCUGACCAUGUAAAAUGUUUAGAUAUUCCUCAUGUAAUCACAUAUUGUUUCGUAGUUUCUCCAGCAAUCGCUAUUGUACGAUUCUCGA